GCAGUAGACCGAGUCACCGCCGCGAGCGUAUCAGAGCUAUAGCUAUGACUAGCAAUGGAGCCAUAGUCGUGGCCGUCGUCCUGCUGCUGCUGCUACUCUGAAUUUGCCCUCACUUGGCCCCGGCUGCGACCACUUGCCAUACCCAGUGGACGGGCGGAGAAUGUAGACCAUUGGCAGGUUCCUGGUACCAUGCCCACAGUCCUCGGACCCCGCAAAGGCCUCUCUAGCUCUGGCUCUAGCUCUUCCUCUCUCCGAGUCUGUCCAUGAAAUUCGCGAUCCCGGACAUGGGCUCGGGCUUGAGCUCGAGUUUGGGGUGGGGCUGGGAAUGGGCUGUAUUUUAGAGACGGACCUGGUACGGACCCGUCAUAGGCUUGCAUCUGGCGAUUCUGGCCAUGGAAGCGACCGCGCCGGCGCUUGAAUUUGGAGGUCGUCCAUGCACUCGUUUCAUUUCGCUAUAACCGUCGAAAGGUGAGGCCGAGGCCGAGGCAGAGGCAGAUCCGAGAACGAUCUUCCUCAGCUCUUGCCUGCAGUAGCGGAAUUCACUGUUGGAAUCAGUGGACGGCGUCUGGGUUUAGCUCAAUUUACUGAAGAUGUAGAACCACGGCGAUGGUGGCGAUCAUGAUGAUGACGAUCGAUCGAUUGAUUGAUGGAGGGCGCAUUUCUCGAGGGCGCGUUGGAGGAGGUGCGGUAGCAUGGCGACGACGGCGGGGUCGACGAUGGGAAGGAGGCAUGUGCACGCGGACACUCUGACACACACGAACAGCAUGGGCGAGAACGGGACGUCGAGGUUCAGGCAGGACUCGGGCUGCACCAAGAGGUUUGGCAGGAUCUCGCGGACUUUGACGUGGGAUUUCGAGGCGGACGAGCAGCUGGAGGUGCGCCUGCUGGAGGAGCUGGAGCUCGAGAAGUCCGUCGUGGUCACGGGCGCCAAUGGGCCGGGCGGCAGCCACCGCGACGACGACAACAAUCGCAUUUCAGCUCUGGGGCGAGUGCUGCAGCAGCGCCCAUUCCCGCGGGUCAAUACUCUGUGCCUGGCCGACUGCUCGCUGGCCGAGGAGAGCGGUGCCAUGGCAGAGCUCACCAAAGCCAUCGGCGCCGGCAACCUGUCCAAUCUCGAUUGGCUCAAUCUGCUCGACAAUUCCUUCAUCGGAGACCUCGGCGCCAAAGCUCUGGCGGAGGCGCUCAAGUCUGGACACCUGAAUGUCCUCCGCCGCCUCGAUCUAGUGGACAAUGGCAUCGGGGACGCUGGAUUGACGGCGCUCGCCGGCGCUCUGGGAUCCGGGCAGCUGAAAGCCCUGAAGAAAUUGCGAUUGGGUGGCGAUUAUGAGCUUUUUCUCACCUCCGGGGCUAAGGCUCUGGCCGAAGUCUUCGCGUCAGGACACUUGCCUCGAUUGACAGAUCUGCAUUUGCGGGGAUUCGGGGAAGAGGAAGGCGUGCUCGCCAUUCUCAAGGCUCUGGAGUCGAGCUCGAUCCGCAGGGCCUUCAAAAAGCUGGAGCUCAGGCACUGCCAUUUAGGAUUAGAGGCAGCGAAGACCUUGGCGAGCGCUCUGCAGUCGCGGCCCUUCGGGUCUCUGACCAGAUUAGACCUCAAAGACAACAUACUCCUGAGGGACGAAGAAUUGACAGCACUUUCAGCUGCGUUCAGAUCCAAAAAUCUGAACGACUUGUGGUAUCUUGAUUUCAGCGGCACUUCUGUAGGCGAGAAAGGAUUGAUAGAGCUGGCAUCGUUGCUGGAAGCCGGGCAUCUUCCGGGUCUGGAUCAGUGCUACGCAUCUGGCUGCGUGAACACGAAAUUGAGCGCCCUGGCACUCGUUAGAGCUUAUGACAGGAACGCUUCGUUGGUAGCCAAUAUUGACAUAGACUGGCCCAGAACAUCGAGGGCUGACAAGAGAAUUUACUGGCCAUCGAUUAAAUUUUUUGAAGUGAAUGGUGCGUGGUGUACGUUCGGUAGAUCCAAGGUUCUGUGGCCGAAGCACACCUGGCAAAAAUAUGCAGAAUAUUUCAAGGCCCGGAACAGAAAUCAGAUGUCUUCGGUUGAGCUUCAGAAGCGAAACAUGAACACUUUUUGAAAAGAGUCCAUAGCCAAUACUAUAUUAUUGACUGAUAGUGGUGCAGAAUUUUUAGCAGACGGAACGUGAUUGAGUAUCUUUUCCAGCCGGCUGCCUUUGGAUCUGAGAUCUUCGACACUUAUUCGACACUUUUAUUCAAUGGGUGUUCGGUGUGUACAUACAUUUUUAGCAGAGGCCAGUUCUUGAUGAGUUCAGCUUACAGAUUCAUGAGCUUCAAGGACUUUGGGAUUCCAACUGCUGGAGGCGGGGAAAAGAAUCUGAUCGGAACUCGAAAUGGCUUUCAGGUAAUACUGGCAAUAAUCAGCCGGCUGUGGAAGCACAUGUACUAUGUAUAAGUAGGUGCUAGCAAAUUUUGCCAGGCUUAACGCAAUAAGGCUAUGCUGUAAAUUAAUCUGUCCUAAUUUACGUGGAG